CGGAAGACCCGUCGGUUUCCGGUAUUGUGGGACAACAUGGCGGCCUUGUGUAGAGUCGUGUCGGGCCUCAGGUCUGGGGUCCGGUUGUCCUCUUGCCGGUUCUCAAGAAGCUCCUUCAGCUCGGACUCCGGCGGGACCUCCGAUAGCGAGAAGCCCGCCCCGGAUAAACCCAAAUCUGGCUUCGCUGCCGCCUUCGAGCAGCAGUCGGAGCUCCGGCGGGAGGCCGAGAGGUCAGCGCCCGGUCUUAGGGGCUCCUCCUCCGACCAGCCCGAGAGCUUCGCCUCGCUUCUCCGCCGUUCCCCGCUCAUCCAGAUGGGACCACCCAAGGACAAAGUGGUAGUCGGGAGGAUCUUCCACGUGGUCCAGGACGACCUGUACAUCGACUUCGGGGGGAAGUUCCAUUGCGUGUGUCGGCGGCCGGCGGAGGGAGGCGACAAGCUGCAGCGGGGAACCAGGGUCCGUCUGCGGCUGCAGGACAUGGAGCUCACCGCCCGCUUCCUGGGGGGCAAGACCGACACCACUCUGCUGGAGGCCCAGGCCGUACUGCUGGGCCCUAUGGAGGGACGGGAGGGACGGGAUGGACGGGAGGGACGGGAGUCCCAGAACCAAGAGACCGUUUGACUGCUGCUUGAGUAAAAUCUGCAGUUUCCUGAAUGGAGUCUGGCCUGAGGCUGGAGGAGUGACUGAUGUUCAGUUUAUAAACAGUUUGUUUGUUUAAAUGAGACUAAAUAUUGCAAUAAAAAUGUAAAUGUAAUUAAUCAGA